AUGGCCAACGACCAAGUGCCGGUGACCAUGAAAGCCCAUGUACUGGAGGAGUACAACACGCCUUAUCAACUGCGCGAUCUCCCGGUGCCAGCCAUCGAAUGUGCACAUGACAUCCUCAUCAAAGUAGAUGCGGCUUCAUACUGCCACACAGAUGCAGUCCUCGCUUCGGGGAAAAUGCGCCCUCCACCUCUUCCACACAUAGGCUGCCACGAAUUUGCCGGGACUGUCGUUCGCAUGGCCGACCAGCCUCCUGCACACGGGUUGAAGGUGGGCGACCGCGUGGCUGUCCCGGGCCGUGGAAAUCAUGUCUGUGGGAGAUGUCUGGAGUGCCAGAAUCCUUCUGGCCCCCUCCCCGAUGAGCCUGGCUAUUCUGUCUAUUGCCCCAAUGCUGGCGGCGGGCUUGGUGUAGGCAGUAAACCAGGAGGUUUCCGAGAGUACGCCGUGGUGGACUCACGACAAGUAGCCAAAAUUCCCGACAGUAUGACUGCCGUGGAAGCUGCACCACUGAUGUGCGCGGGACUCACCAUCUUCGCGGCACUGAGAAAAUGUGAGCUCAAGCCUGGCCAGCGACUAGGGAUCAUGGGAUGCGGAGGAGGGCUUGGGCACUUGGGUUUGCAGUUUGCCACCAACAUGGGCCUGAAGACAACUGGAGUUGACGUAGCGUCGCAGGCGCUGGAAUUGGCACGAAGCUUGGAGACUGGUGCUACGAUUAUCGACGCCUCGACCAAAAGCGCAGCAGAGGCCAAGCAGGAGAUGGGCACAGAGGACGGCAGACAGCAUCCGUCCGAGAUGGGACUGGACGCUGUAGUCAUCUUGCCCGAGAGUCAGAAGUCUUUCGAUUACGGGAUGGAGCUGCUGAAGAACGGCGGCCUCUUGGUUCUGGUAUCUUUCCCUCCCGAGGGGUUCCAUAUCUCAGCAGAUGACCUGGUCUUUCGUCGCAUUCGCGUGGUUGGCAGCUUGAUUGGUUCCAACAAAGCCAUGGGAGACAUGUUUGAUUUUUGCGUCAAGAAGGGCGUGAAGGCAAAAACCAGAACAUAUCCCUUCCCGAAGCUCAACCAAUUGGUGACCGACUAUCACUCGGGCGUCGGUGGCAAGCUAGUCAUGGACAUGUCUAUGAAGGAGUGA